AUGACGCCACAGGGCACCGGCGCUAUGGGCCAGAAGCUCGAUUCCGACGAGGUGGACGUGGCCGUCAUGCUCUCAGAGGGCGCUGUGGCCCGAAUCGUGGAUGGUUCCACGACGAAGGUCUGGCGGAAAUCUUGCAGUUGGUUUCGUGUUUGGAAGUUGAUCAAAUUUGGUAGGUCCAACAGCCCUGAAGCCAUUUUUCAGAUCCGGCAGGAAACAUCUGCGCACACCCAAGAGGUAUUUGUCAUUGGCUUGACAACGGAGGCGCGACAUCAAAGUCGGGGUGACAGCCUGGACAACGGCUAA